AACCCUUGAUGGCUAUGUUGCUCCUGUUGUCUCGGGGAAUGAACCGGGCUACGAGUUACACUUCUGCCAGGAGCUGGAGGAAAGAAAUCCCUGCUCCGACCAUCCUCCUUUUCCUGCAGCAAGACGAGAAAAAAACCCCACUUAUGGCUCAUGUUAUACGGCUCGUCAACUACUAAUUUGGGAUGAUUGUGCCACGGAUACUGCGAGAGUUUCAACGGUUGUUCCAUCAUCCAUGUUUGUCGACCCUCGGUUUGGAACACGAGCAUACCGGUUGAUUUUCAGAGGAGAGGAACUAGAAGAAAUGACGCGGGAAGCGAGAACGAGUUGAAUUUACACUAGCGAAUUUCAUGCCAAACAUCGUCCAUGCCCGCCAAAGCGCGCCCAGCACAUGCGAAACACUCGUCGACCGACGAACGUCCGUAGUGCAUGUCUCCUGAAAAUCACACUCGUGUUGCACACAUCAUAAAAAAUUCUUGUUCGCGUCCGAAACCUUGGACGCUCCUACCUAAAAGCCCACCUUCGUUUUCUGAGUGACUUGGGCACUUCGACUGCCAGCAGCCCAUUGGCCCUCCCACAUGUCGAAAUGUAAGGCACCCAAGCGCGCAUCUGCGCUCUCGCGUCCUCCUUUCAAAGACUCAUAUGGCGACCAGCAGCAGCUGCAGCGACCAUGACCGUGGUAGCAGUGAGGACGACUUACUGAUCGCGGGUCGUCCAGCAGCAGCAUCUGCCAAGCGAAAGAUGCUUCUACCUGCGACCACAGAAGACAGUUUUUCUGAAGAUGAUCCUAGCACAAGAAAAAAGGCAAGAAAACCCUUGGGGAAAAAAACAAAACCCACUACCGUCCAAACAGCUCUCAGACGAAAAAAGCGCAAGUUGCCGCCGGCGACCGAAGGCAGCGAAGAUGAAAGUAAGUCGUCAAAGGAAAAUCGUGCAGCGGCGGCAAGCAUGGAAGAAGCAGAGUUCGUGAGCGGAACGCGUGUGCUCGAAUACAUGCGUGUGGCGUACACUGGUGCCCGCAUCGGUGAUUUGCUCGAAGGUACAAACCCGGUGACCAAAGGCGCACUGAUGCGCGUUUGUCAAUCCAACAUCUUGCCGAUGAAGCGCAAGCUGAACAAGAUACGCGCGGAACCAGCCCUGUGGCGCGCCUUUUUGCGUCAACUUGGUACGCUCGCUUUUUUUGCCAACAUGACCGAAGUCGAGCGCGGCAUAUGGUUGGCGGAACAUGAACAAGGCAAGGAGCGUAUGGGAAGCGAAGACGACGAGGACCUCAAUUCUGUGCGAUUUCAAAUUCUCGGACUUGGUUCGAGCGUACUGGCAUCCGAUGUCAUUUCCCCGUCAGAUGUCGAUCAACUGAUGGAAGAUAAUCCGCGCGAAUGGCAAGGUGUCGAUGUGGCACGUAUGAUUCCAGCCAACAACGAAUCCAACAGCAGCACAGAAGGGGGUCGUCACACCCUUUUUUUCAUCAAGGGUUGGUGGAAGAUUUCUACGGAUGCUCAAAUCAUUCCUUCAUUCGAAGGCCCGACAAUCGAUCUCGCGCGAGGCGCUCUUUCUCUUGGCAACGCAGUGGAAGCGGCAGCAGCAUCAACUCAAUUGUUUCGAAUCGAAGGCCUGAACGUGGAAGGCGCGAGUGAAGAGGAUCGCCUGCCCAUUGCAGUUCGCGUCCCAAUCGGUGCUCCGGUGGUAACCAAGUUUGACAGUUUGAUCGACUCGCACAUCCUUCCCUUGUGGUGCAGUUUCGACGAAUCAUCGAGAGUUGAGUUGGUUCGUGCGCAGGUGCAGUUUGUCCAAAGGCAACUGAAUCGGUACGCCGCAUCUGCACUCAAGUCGCUUUUGCAGAAAUUGAUUCGCUUUCCAUCGAGGCAAGUGACGGAAUUUUUUCCGAAAGCGCUUCAGAUGACCGAUGGACAGCUAAUGGAACUAGAAGAGGAGAGAAAGAAAGAAACCCUGGCAGCGUGUAGGGCAAUCGAUACCCGACUGGUUUUGUUGGUGACCAGUUGCAUGUUGCUCGGGAAGCCCAUGUCUUUCAAUCCCGACAUCGGUCGACAGGUGUCGGGUCUCGAAAGCUUUCUCAAGCGCCUGGCCAUCAUCUUGUUUGAAGACUCUUCGUUCGACGACGAAGGGGCAAGUGCACUAUCACUCAUGGCCGGUGCGUUGAUGGCACAGCGCGUGCGAAGCUGGCGACCGACAAGUGCGCUUUUGUCGCAAUGGUUACGUACCGCCCUACAGGCAUGGGCAACUCCGCUGUGUUUUCGAUACGACAUCGAAGCGGGUGCAGCAAUCGAGCCAUAUGCAAUCGGACUCAACACAACCGCGAUUCAAGCCACCUCGGCACUUCUGGACGCGCUCAAGAGUUUUCCAGGCGAUUUGGCAAUGGUGCGCUUCAUCGCCAGCAAACCGGAUGUCGCUGUGCUGCGGUUCAAUGCUGGGGUUGCUGGAAGAAAUCGAGAUGCAUGGCAUGGAUUUCAAAAUCUGCCGAUCUAUCACGCAUGGGACCAGCACUGCGCAGCCAAUAUCGGCUAUUUUUUCGAUCCGCAGUUGGUGCGCCGGCUUUGUGCCACAUCACCGCCGGGCAAACCUUUUAGUGCCUUGUUUGAGCGCUUGUUCAAAGAGGUGACAGGCGCAAACCCACGACGUACGGUGCUCGAACAAGAGACAUUCGAAGCGCUGCCGUUUGUCGCGCCACACGCGCUGCACAACGUCGCGUCCUGAGCCGAACUGGUGGAUC